CUUCAAUUUCAAUGGUUGUGUGUUGUGUGUUAGAUAUUUGGGGUGAGUGAAGGAGCAGUUCCAGUUUCCAUUUUCCAUUUUCAAUUUCAAAUGCUCUCAUCCAUGCAACUUCUUUGCUUCUACCAGCAGCCACCAUCAUCAUCACUGUUUGUUUUGCACACUAAUGGAGCCAUUUUCAAGAACAAGAGGUUCAUCACAAACCCUUCUUCUUCUUCUUCUUCUUUCAGUUCUUGUUCUGGGAUUGUUCAUGCAUCAUUGAAGGAAGAUUCACAGUCACAGCAAUAUGAAGUAGAGCCAGAAAAAGCCAGAGAAGCACUCAAAAAGCUUGAUGAACAAAUGCAGUCUCUCUCUAGUAAAAAACUACCCUCCAAUAAUGCUCCAAAACUCAAGAUUCCAAAAGUGAAGCUUCCCACAGAGCAGAGAAUUGACAAAGACAAGUUAGAAAUUUCAGAUUCGUUUCUUGGAAGUGUAGCUGGUGUUCUGAUUCUCUUCACUAUUUUCUAUAAUGUUCUGUUUUAUACAGUGAUUAAGCCUUCCAUUGAUGGUUCAUAACAUGUGGUGCUGGUGUGUGUGUAUACAUAGAAAAAAGUAGAAGAGAAAAGCAUAAACUUUUUAUAGCAUAAGAACCUCAUUUCAUUUUAUAUGUAUAUGUAUAUGAUAUGAUAUGAAAUGCAGAGUUGGACUGUAUCAGUGUUCUGAAGAUUAGAGAUUCAGAAUUUGGAUGCCAUUUUGGAA